GAAGCCCUCGUCUAGUGGAGACAAAGGACAACAGACAGUAGUUGCCAACUCAAAAAGGUGUUUAGUUAAUAAUUUGAACUUCUGUGUUUGGGAGGAACGGACGACCGGAUUUACGCCAUCGCAUCAACAAAAUGCCUGUCCGAAGACCUAGACCAUCAAAGAGUGUGGAAGACGAAAGGGCGCCGAAAAAGGUUGCACUGGAACCCAAUGCAGUCUUCGACAAAUCAGAUAAACAUGGGGCAAUCGACCUUCACGAUCUCUACAAGCGUUGUGUUUUGGAAAGCGACAAGAUCCGACGACUGAAAAAUAUCCAGCGACACGAGGAACAGGGGGCAUUAGAAGAUAUUAUUUGGCCAUUCCUCAAGCAAAAUUUCGAUUCGAAGGAUUAUUUUCAUGCCUGCCAUCUCUUGGUUCUCUUCGUGUCUCAUCAUUUCGCUGAGGGUGCAUAUGCUAACGAGUCCUUCUUCUUCGAAAGCGUCAGCCACAGCAACGAUGAUCUUGCAGCAAUCGAAAAAUUUCUCAGUACAAUCUUGUACAAGACGGAGCAAUCAGAUUUUGACCUGCAAACACAAAUUGUUCACUUUUUGGAUGUUGCGUUGUGUCGCAGUGGGAACCGAGACGAUGAAUUGUUUCAGGGUAUUCUCUUGCAUGUAUCUGGUAUUCAUCUGUGGCAUUGGAUGCCAGACCGUCAACGAGAACUAGAACUUAAAAAAAGCGCAGGACUCAGGCGGAAAUUCGCCGGCUCCACAAAGGGCGACAACAAGAUAUGGAUUGUAAAUAACCUGAGGACAAUCUUGAACCUUCUCGAGGGGAACUCAAAAUUCGGAGCUCUUGUCAAAUUCAAAGCCGACGAGACGAUUGAUCUGCCAGAGGACUCUGUUGACAUACCUCCAGGAGUUUGGCUCUUCCUUCACCGUUCUUUAGAACUUUUGAUUGAUCUACUAUCGAUGGCAUCCUCCCGAUUCUUCCUAGUGGCCUAUCUAAAUUCGAUUGAUUUCAGUGUGCGGUGUCGCCUUGCUGUUGGAAACGAAUUCGCUGUUCCUGAAAACUUGCGCCUUGUCCAAUACCUCUUGACAAAAAUAAAUAGUCUUCUGGCGUUUCCAAUUCAAGACUCGAAUCACAGGAGUCUUUCGAAGAUCGACGUUUUAUCGAUGCAUCAUGCCCGAGCUACCACUCUACAAAAAAUGGCACACAGGCACUACCCUCAAGAGCUACAACAAGUUAUAUAUGCAGGUGUAGGAUUGUUGUGCGGUCAAGGCUCGAUCAAUGUUUCAUAUUUAGAGCGUUUUUUUGUUGGAUUUUCGGACAAAAACUUGGCGCACCUACUCUACCGUAUGCGAUUGAUUCCAGAGUCGGACGAAAGUCAGAGUAGAGAAACCAUGCUGCAAAUUUUGUCAUAUUAUCUAUCGAUACCACCCUACCCUACGGAUCAACUAAAACUUUAUCCCUUAUAUCCAACGGAGGAGGUGUUAUGGGAUCUCAGCAUCAUCCCAGCCUCGAGCAGUCAACUUCGUCCGACACAGGUCCUCGCAUUGCCAAAGUUGAAUGCACAAUACCUAUCAUUUCAAGACUAUCUUAUCCGCAACUUUGAACUUGUUCGCCUCGAGAGUGCCUAUGAUAUUCGCUCCGACUUGGUGGAUGCAAUCAGGCGGGUCCGUCCUGUAUUGCGUCAAUCUAGUUUGGAGGAAGACGAAACUAUCACUCUCAAGACAGAAUUCAAUGGAUGGAGUCGAAUGGCCUUGGAACUUGUUGAACCAAUGAAUAUUAUUGAAGUUAGACCGCCAAAGUUGGGAGAAACAACAAGUGCACAAGUGACUGCGGAAUUCACGGUAGACUUGGAGCGAUGCGGAGCGAGUAUUAGAGGAGAAUGGGAAGAGUUGGGAGAGUUUGAUAAUCUAUUUUUGGUUACUCUUGACGCUUCCAAGAUGAACGGUGCCCAAGCACCUUUAAUGAAAGAUUAUCACCUACAGCAUGGAGCUCACAAAAUGUGGGACACCGAUAAAGAGAAAAGAGUUCCAGAUGAAGAAGACGGAAGCUUUCCGAAGAGAUUUGGAGUAGUUGUCAUUCGGGGAUGUAUGGUGAUGCAGGUAAGAGAUGAGCACGGGACUAUACUGAGUGACCCAGGGGUAUCUAUUCCAGACAAACAAAAAGGAUCGACGAAGAAGAUAUUCCGUGUGGCCAUGGACACUUGUCAGUAUUCAUCAGACUCUAAACUCGGAGGGGCCAGUGAUUUGUACAAGAGUUUCAAUCUAGUCGUUCGGAGGCAUGGCCGGGAAAACAACUUUAAGUCAAUUCUUGAAACAAUUCGUGGUUUGACCGAAGGGGCUGGAUCCAUUUCACGCGUUCUUCCGAAAUGGCUUCAAUCAAUAUUACUUGGAGCGGGAGAUCCAAAAUCUGCUUCAUACAAUUCCGACAAUAUGAAAUCUUACGCAUUGCAUACUGUUGGCGUAAACAAGCCAACAGACUACUUAGAUUUUGGCGACACCUUUUUGGACCAAAAGCAUCUUCGUGCCUCGUUUCCCGAACAAAAAAUCAAAUUAGAUGGGAAUGAAUUGACUGGUGAUGGCGAUUCAAUCGACGGAAGACCGCGCUCGAACUUCAAGAUUCGUUUCUCUCAGGAUUUAGAGAACGGUAGCGAGAAACAAUUGGUUGAGGCUGUUUCACUACCAUUCCCAAAAGAUAUAUCAGGGAAUCCGGUACCAUUUACUCCCGCGCAAGUGGAAGCGGUGAGAUCUGGUCUCUCACCAGGAUUAACGCUUGUAGUAGGGCCACCCGGAACGGGAAAAACAGAUGUAGCGGUUCAGAUUAUAGCAUCCCUUUAUCAUUCCUUUCCAACGCAGAGAACUGUUAUCAUUACACACUCGAAUGCUGCGUUAAAUGAUAUUUUCACGAAAGUGAUGGCGCGUGGCGAUAUCGACGAACGUUAUCUUGUCCGUCUUGGUGCGGGGGAACGUGAUCUAGAUACCAAUUCUGAUCACGACUUCACAAAAAUUGGACGGGUCGCUUACUCCAUUCAACGACGUGGGAAACUGUUGGAGAAAGUCCAAUGCCUGUCCGAGUCAUUAGGAAUUAGCGGUAAGGCUCAACGCGGAGCAGACGGUUCGUCUUCUUACACAUGCGAAAGUGCAGAUUACUUUAGAAAACUACACAUCGAACGAAAGAAGCUGGACUUUGAAUCGAAUGCAAGAAAAGCAGGCCUGUCAUCAGAUGGGGAUGAUGUUACCGAAAUAUUCCCUUUUACAAGUUACUUUCAAACCAAAGGAGUGACACUCACGCAAGCAAGGGAGCACUUUGGAGCAAUCGAUGGAAUUUUUUCCGAAUUAGCUGAGUACCGACCAUUUGAAAUGCUUCGCUCCCAACGACAAAGAUCAGAUUAUCUUAUUAAUAAACAAGCUCGAGUUGUCGCCAUGACAUGCACGCAUGCUGCCCUCGCAAGAUCCAACCUGAUCAAACUGGGCUUUGAAUAUGAUAACAUUGUUAUGGAAGAGUCUGGACAAAUGCUAGAAAUUGAAACGUUCAUACCAAUGCUUUUACAGAAAGGAAGUUCUGAUGAAUCCGUGUCAGGGAGGUCCCGGUUGAAGAGAGUAUGUAUGUUGGGGGAUCAUAAUCAGCUACCACCAGUCGUAAAGAAUGCGUCAUUUUCGAAGUACAGUAACUUGGACCAGAGUAUGUUCACCCGCUUAAUCAAACUUGGCGUUCCCUACAUUCAACUUGAUAAGCAAGGGCGAGCGAGACCUGAACUUAAGAAUCUCUAUGGGUAAGUUUCCGAUGCCUAUUUUUUGGCAAAACAUCGAAACCAACACCAAAUUCUGACUUUUUUCGAACCCUUUUGAUUUAUCUUUAAUUUUCUCCAUGAUAAAUAGCUGGCGAUACAAUGAUUUGGGCAAUCUAAGCCAUGUCGUGGAGUCAAGUGAAUUUCAACGCGCCAACCCCGGGUUUUUGCAUACCUUCCAGGCCAUAAACGUCGAAGAUUUUC